AUGUAUCACAAGAACACGGGCCACACCACGGAGGAGUGUGUAACCUUGAAGGAUAAGAUGGAAGAACUAAUCCGUGCGGGGCAGCUAAAAAAGUAUGUGCAGAUUGACCGCCCCCAUGCCCCCAUAGACCGACCCAGCCCACGGCGGGCCAGCCCUAGGAAACCCGAGAGGCACGGAAGGUCCAGAAACGACCAAACCGAUCGUUCGCGAUCAAAGAGGCGACGGAGUAGAAGCCGUAGCAGGAGCCACGAUCGUCCCCUGCGAGGACACAUCAAUACCAUAUCCAGUGGUUUUGCCGGAGGAGGAUCUUCCUCAUCCGCCCGAAAGCGUCAUGUGUGGGCUUUACAAUCCGUUCACUCGGUGGACAAGCCACGGAGGACGAUGCCCCCCAUCACGUUUUCAGAUGAAGACUUUCACGUCCCUAAUCCUGAUCAGGAUGACCCGAUGGUAAUAACGGUGGAGAUUGCCCAGUACGGUGUGGGCAAGGUGCUAGUGGACUAG